AUGGUUGGCCCACCGAGCACCCUGGGCUCGUCCGCGACGCCGACUCAGAAGACACUCCAAAACCAGCAGUCGACACCUUACCUCGUGGCCCAGUCGCGGGCGAGUCUGGAUCGGGAUGGCUCACAACACCCACGGUCCCAUAACGGGGCCCAGGUGCUAUCCUCGUCAGCCAUGUCUUAUGGGCCUCGAGGUUCCUCCUUGGCACCCCUUGCCGCGCCCGGGAGCUUCAGUUCAGAACUGCGGAGCCAAGCUGUGUCAUCGAGGGCGAGUUCGAGGGCGGAGAUGGGCUCUACUAUAGGCCUGGAAAGACUCGAAGAAGACGUGACUCAUGUGUCCGAACAAAUGAUUUCCGUAUUGAGGGAGAACCUCAACCGAGAGAUGAAGAUCAAGGAGGGCAGUGAGAAUAUGCUUGAAGCUCUCAACACGAAGAAGGCAAAACAAACCAAGGAACAACGGACACGUGUUGAGGCAGAGCUCAACUCCUCCAACAAGCGCAUUAAGGACUUGUUAUCUCAAAUCUCGGAGCUUCAGAGGCCACAGGCGCAGGCACCAUCUACGCCAACGCGAAUUCGCAUGGCUGGGCUGUUCCACAGUACUGGAUUGAGGUCUCCCCCAAGUCUAGCAAAGAGCGGCGCCACCGAUUCGAAUGACGAGGAACCUUCUGAGUCUCCAACAUAUGUCCUUGCUGAAAUUUUACAAGCUUUGGAAGUGGAGGGCCUGGCGCCAGACUACUAUGUUGGCCAUGCAAAUAAUCUAGUCGAACUUUUCAAGCGGCAUCCAACGUUGAAAUAUGAUCUGGUAUGGUCGAUAUUCGGUCUCCGAAUGCAGGUUAUGCUUCUUAGUGAGAGUAGAGAAGUUGUUGCCGCUGGAUAUCGCAUGACACGCCACGCAAUCUCCGACCUAAACUCUUUGCAAAAGAUUAGAAGCCUAAAUACGGACUACCUUGUCGUACUCUCUCUUAUCAAGGAAAGGAAAGCCGAUGUCGAGCGUGAGCAGGCGCUCAAGUUUGUGCGUGCAUUUCUUGAAGUGAAGGAUGGUGUACACGAAAUUUCGAGGGCUAUCGUGCGGACAAUUGCAUCUGUUGCAGAGCAUAAUGAAGAUCGGCUGAAAGCGAUAUGCAUUGAGACAUUGGCAGAAAUCAUGAUCAAAGAUCCAGCGCUCUUAGUUGCCGCUGGUGGGUUCCGACCCCUUACUGAUGCUCUCGGUGAAGGCGGAUAUGAAGCCUGUGAGGGGCUUAUUGCGGCAUUUCUAUACUUGCUUGAUGCUCCACAGCGGCGAAAAUAUCUUCGCUCCGGUUUUGAACUCGAGGUUCUGUUCACUACUUUUACCGAUUCAUUAUUCACCCGAGAAAGGUUACUGAAGCAGAAUGCCAAAGCUAUCUCAUCUGCGAUGAAGUCGUGGCCUGGCCUGUUAACGCUAUCGAUGUACGACUUCCGGGCUAUCAAAUCUUUAAUAUCUUCAUUGAUGUUACCCCACCAAGCCAUUCGCGAGACAGUUAUAGACCUGUUAUUCAGUCUGCUUCGAAUAAAAUCGCCCUCGUGGUCUUCCUCAUUUCUGGCUGGCCGGCGUUUGACAACAUACGGGCGCGUGGCCAACUUGAAAACUCAGCCGACUAAAGCCACCUCAUCCUUCGCAGUCGAAGAUGAAAGUGCUGAAAAGAACCUCACUGACCACUACACUGCUCUACUUCUUGCCGUUUUGAUAUCAUCGGAUAUGAUACCUGGGUUGCUUCAAAUCACCAGCGAGCCAAAUAAUCCGACAUUGAAACGCAGAGCUACUUUGCUUCUCGGGGAAGUUUUGAAACUCGCAAACAAGCUGCUGCCUCCCGCCUGGAGUAACGAUUUACAGUUGCUACCUGCUCUCUUCGCAGACGCAUCUCGGUUCGGUACAGAAGAGAGAUACAUUGCAACAGGAACUGUUUAUCAGAUGGAUAGCGUUAACCGUACUCUCGACAGGUCAACGCCAACGAACAACAACUCCAUUGCAAAUAUUGUAAAAAAUUCUAGCACCGACAGCCUCGACGAACCGCAGAAGAGCGUCCCUGGCCAUACUUUUGAUGAAACUUCUUUCCGACAAGUGCUCUUGGAUACGCAGGUACUGAACAGCACCAACUAUAUAAAGUGGAAGUGGGAUCUUAUCCUCAAGGUAAUUGAAGGGCCGUUAGUCAAUGGCAAGCGUUUGGACGAAGCUAUCAAGACAUCUAAGUUCAUCAAGCGAAUUGUCAGCUUCUAUCGACCGUUCAAGUACAGGUUUGCCGCUGUACGAAAUACUGGACCAAACCAAAAAUACAUCAAGGUGGGAUGUGCUCUGAUAAAGACACUACUUCAGUCACCGGAGGGUGUAAAGUACCUUGCUGAAAAUAAACUAUUGCGGCAAAUUGCCGAAUGCCUGGCUCAAUGUGAUCCGGCAAGCGGUAUAACAGCACAAUCCCCGAUGUUCUCCCAGUUUUGGCUUUCUGAGACGCUCCGGAGCGGCUAUUUCGCAAUGAUAGGGGUGUUGAGCGCGGACCAGAAAGGUCUGCAAAUGAUGGACCGCUGGCGGAUGAUCAACAUGAUGUAUCACAUCCUGGACCUAAAGCAACGGCCGGAUUUGAUCAUGCUUUUACUCUCAAACUUUGAUUACUCUUUACAUGGGCAUCCAAGAGUUCUGCUGUCCAAAGCUCUGACGGGUGGGACCAAAGACAUCCGCAUUUUUGCAACUAACGUCCUUCGAAAGUAUUCAACUCGAUCACGGUCGAAAACUCAAGGUGCUUUGAGGGUGAGCGACUCCAAAUGGGCCAUCCAACUCCUUGUUACUCAACUUUACGACCCUGAAAUAGAAGUUUGUGCCACAGCAAUCAAGAUACUUGAGGAGGCUUGCAACCGCAAAAGUUACUUGGAAUAUAUUGUCGAGUGUCGCCCGGCCCUUGACCAUCUCGGCGAGAUCGGUGCCCCUCUUCUAUUACGAUUCCUAUCAUCAUCGAUAGGAUACCAUUACUUGGAUGGCCUCGACUAUAUCAGCAAUGAAAUGGAUGACUGGUUUCUGGGCCGUAACGAUGCCUACGUUGCCGUAAUAGAGGCGGUACUGACACGUGCUUUUGCGGAACCCCAAGAAGAGGCGACGGGAAGGGUUAGUCUCGAUGAGGAUCUAUUCGAACCCGACCGCUUUGAAAAUGAUUCCCGUGUGCCUCCUCAUUUCUAUAAGGAGCUUGCGAGGACUAAAGAAGGGUGUAAGCUUCUCAGCGAUAAAGGUCACUUUGAUGAGUUUUCCGCAACUAUUCGCGAUUCCGGCAUGCAAACAGAGGAUCCGGAAGUCAUGCUCAAAGUCAAAGGCUGCCUUUGGGCUGUUGGAAACGUUGGCUCCAUGGAGCUUGGAGCACCAUUCCUCGAAGAAUCCGACGUUGUUGAGAAUAUCGUGAAGAUGGCCGAAAAUCAUCAGAUCAUGAGCAUGCGGGGGACAGCGUUCUUUGUGCUGGGACUCAUAUCACGCAGCGUCUAUGGCCUCGAGAUACUAUCGGAAUUAGGUUGGGACAGUAAUACCACGAGCAUGGGCGAGUCGCUCGGAUUAUGUAUCCCUUCCAAUCUUCGAAAGUUGUUUUUGUUUGCUCCAUGGGAGCACAUGAAACCAUCCGAUAUAACCCUGGGCGAUACGCAAAUGGUUUUAGGGGAAGAAUCAAGAAAGGAGACUGAUCCCAUCAAUAUGCGUAUAUUGCAGCUUAUUGUCGAUUUGGGGAACACAGUUCUCACAAAGAAGGCAACUAACGAACUGAUGCACAUCAAGCAACGAAAAGCCCCGGGGUUCAAACAGCAGGAGCUCUUCAGGAAAAUCAUGACAAUCCUUGAGUGCCACCACUUCCGAUUGCCAAUCCGGAGGUUUGUAGUGGAUUUAUUUGAUAGAAGCGUCAUGAGACGGAUAGUUCUUGACGAGGAGAGCAGUGACAACGAUGAAGAAGACCUGGAUAGCAGCGAUGGAAGCGAAGCGGGCACAGAGCGCCAACGGAGUAUUAGUGUUCCGACAGUACCGAGGAGACUUCAAUGA